AUACAAAUCCCCAGCCCGAUCCCCGAAUUUUCAUAAAAGCUUCCCCGAUCCCCGCCCGCUAUCGAAAAAUUGCCCGAUUCCCCGACCCGAACGAGACGGGAGCGGGGCGGGGUGGAGCGGUACGGGGUGCGUGCCUAUCCCUGCUGUAUUCUCAAACUACCUCAAUUUAAGUGUAAAUAGUUAAACCAUAGGAGCAGAGUAAGUAGCUUAGAAAUGGUCUUGGCUCUUUGAUAGUUGAUGCGGAGUUUAGAAUUGCAAUCUGGGCAGCUGUAGAGUGUAGAGUAUACCUGAUAUGAGCUUGGCUUUGACUACAAUCAUCACCAAGAUCUAACUUUUACUUCUUUUCUCAGCUCCCUGCAGUGAGGCAGAGAAAACCAAUACGACUUUGAAGCUUAAGAAAGUGGAUAUGAAGGAUGGAAAUUACUCUUUUGAGCCUUUGGUGGAGGAAUUGACAUUUCCACUCAACUCCGUUCCCUUCCAAAGCUGUCAUGCCUCAACAAUUGUUGAGAUCGAAAAAGAUCACUUUUUGCUAGCUUAUUUUGGCGGUUCGGCAGAGGGAGCACCAGAUGUGGUAAUUUGGUUGCAGACUUACAAGGAUGGUUGUUGGCACCCUCCUAUAAUGGCUGAUAAACAAGAAGACGUUCCAAUGUGGAAUCCUGUACUAUUUAAACUUCCAUCCAAUGAGGUCCUUCUGUUCUACAAAAUCGGGCAGGAGGUUCAGAAGUGGAGUGGAUGCAUGAAGCGGUCUUAUGAUGGAGGCGCAACUUGGAAAGAAAGAGAACAACUUCCUCCUGGGAUAUUGGGUCCAAUAAAAAAUAAGCCUUUAUUGCUAGAAGAUGGGCGAUUGCUUUGUGGAUCUUCUGUUGAGAGCUGGAAUUCUUGGGGCGCAUGGGUGGAGAUUACAGCCGAUGGAGGUCGAUCAUGGACAAAACAUGGGCCCAUAUAUAUUAAAAAUACGUCUCUCAGCGUGAUUCAGCCAGUUCCUUAUCAGACUGCAAAUGGACACUUGCGUGUUCUCAUGAGAUCAUUUGAGGGAAUUGAUCGAGUUUGUUUGUCAGAAUCUUGUGACGGCGGUCAAACCUGGAGUUUUGCAAAACCUACUGAAUUACCCAACCCAAAUUCAGGAAUAGAUGGGGUAAAGUUGGAAGAUGGACGUCUAGUGCUUGCUUACAACACUAUCUCCAGGGGUGUACUCAAGGUAGCAGUUUCAGCUGAUGAUGGAGACUCAUGGCAAGAUGUUAUAACUUUGGAAGAUACUUUAGGAAUGGAGUUCUCUUAUCCAGCUGUGAUCCAAGCUAGUGACGGGCUAGUUCAUAUCACCUACACUUAUAAAAGGACACAGAUUAAGCAUGUUGUUCUUCAACCAAGUUUGAUGCCUUAAUGAACUUGUACCGCAGUCAUACAUGAACGAUGUCCGUGGAGUGUGGACUAGGUCGUCAAAUUUACGCUGAUUUAAUUUGUGCAUCUUACUACAAUGUAGUAAGCUCAUUUACGAGAAAAUGAUCCAUCUGCCAAGCUGAACAAGUGUGUACCCUCAAAUUUCUGGUAAACCACCAGGUGGUUGUACUUGUAUCAGUAGAGUUUCAGUAUUGUUCUGUAUGCAGCACAAGAAUAAAUUAAUGUCAAUCAAAAAGACUGGUGUCCAAGAACUAAAGCCCACUAUAUAUGUAUUGGGCCUGUUUGUUUUUGUAAUCCAAUCAUAAGAGAUGAUAUAAUGGCAUGAUCCAUCAUUUCCCUUGAA